CAACCGGCUAGCUGAUAAAAAAUACAGUAAUGUCAACAAGCGUCCCAGUGUAAUUCAAAAAGGAAAGUAGCUUGUUGGUAGGAAGUGUUGUUAACGUUUGCGUUCUUCGUUUAUUUGUUAUAAUGGUGUCGAAAAUAUUAAAAACUCCGACUGUCAAGUUCAACAACGGGAUUGAAUUUCCUAUAUUUGGCUUAGGAACAUGGAAGUCCAAACCUGGCGAAGUUACCCAAGCAGUGAAGGAUGCCAUUGAUAUUGGAUACCGACACAUUGAUUGUGCUCAUGUGUAUGGAAAUGAACCUGAAGUUGGCGCUGCAAUCAAGGCCAAGAUUGAUGAGAAAGUUGUGAAGCGUGAAGAUCUUUUCAUCACAAGUAAGCUGUGGAACACAUUCCAUCGAACGGACUUGGUUGCUCCAGCCAUAAAGAAGACUCUGAGUGACCUGGGUUUGGAUUUUUUGGACCUGUAUUUGAUUCACUGGCCAAUGGCUUACCAGGAAGGUGGGGACCUCUUCCCAGAAAAGGAUGGCAAAACACUGUAUAGUGACGCGGACUAUGUCGACACGUGGAAGGCGAUGGAAAAGCUGGUACAGCAGGGUCUCACCAAGUCAAUUGGAGUGUCCAACUUUAAUUCUGAACAGCUGGAAAGGAUUCUGGCAGUCGCAAGCAUCAAGCCUGUCACGAACCAGAUAGAGAGUCAUCCGUAUCUGAACCAGAAGAAGUUGAUAGAAUUUUGCAAAUCAAAAGAUGUGACAAUCACUGCGUACAGCCCGCUGGGAUCUCCAGACCGACCGUGGGCCAAGCCUGACGAUCCGCAGCUUUUGGAUGAUCCGAAGGUGAAAGAAGUGGCCGAGAGGUAUAAAAAGACUCCAGCUCAGAUCCUUAUAAGGUACCAGGUGCAGCGAGGUAACAUCACAAUCCCGAAGUCUGUGACAAAAUCGCGUAUCGAGGAGAACGCUCAGAUAUUUGACUUUGAGUUGUCAGAAGAGGAUAUCGCCGUCAUCGAUUCCUUCGACUGCAAUGGGCGCGUCUGUCACCUGACUCACGUUAAAGACCACAAGCAUUACCCGUUCAACAUCGAGUUUUAGAGAACUGGAGAAUUUUGCGUUGCCGAGGUGAAGUUACUUCCAUUUCUUGGCGUGAGCGGUCUAACAAGAAAAGAUACCUCUGUGAAGAAUACUGCAGUCUGUAUAAGCAUCAGGAGUAUGCGACUCGUCGGCACCGGGUCGUCGUCGGCGACUACUACGCCGACGUCCUCUUGAUGAAAAAAUUGUUUUGUUAUGACACGGAUAAUAAAAUAUUAAAAUUUCAUAUUUCCAGUCUUUCCUUCAUUAAUUGAAUAUCUUGUUUUGUUAAUAAUUUGUCCUGUCAUUAAACAUUUUUCUUUUUAUUAAUGAUACUAAUUGCAUUGUUCCACGAUGUUAAAAAGUGAAAUGCUCUGUGUGUAAUGUUUAUGGGUGUUAUGUGCUUUGACACAUGGAAAAUUGUGAAAUAAAGUGACUUCAUCAAAAAAAA